AUGUAUUUGCAAGAGCCCUAUACGAUGAAGGCAAAGAUUCUGAGUUCUAUCAGAGAAAGCGAUAGCUGCCCGGAAAAGAUGGAACUGUAUCUCAAGGACAUCUGGGAGGAGCUGGAACCUCCUUCGAAAUUUGAAGCUGCAAGCCAACUCACAACAAACGUCACAUCGCUUCAUUCCCGCGUUUCGUUUCGGCAUAAAAUGAUGCAAUUCGUCUUUCCUGUUUUCUUUGGUACCAUGAUCUUACCUUUCUACCAUGUCGCCAAGAAUGUGUUAAGAUACGGAUAA